ACAUUACCGUACCCGGCGGGGGCACACAGAAGGCAAUAAAUAGACCCAGAAUCCGUAGUCCCGCGAUCAAUGUAUAACGGACCGCCAAGCACGAUCCGGUCGAAAAAACGAUCGCGGAUCGUCAACCAACCAACCAGCCGUGUGUUGAGAUUGAUAACGAAAACGAACGAACGCAAUAUGUUGACGAUGGCACGCUCCCGAGACGUGAUGUUGCUGUUUUGUGCCAUUCUGUUGGGAUGUCAUCAGGUGUGUUAUGGACGAGCAGUACCACAUCAUCGUCGGCGCGGUACAGGUGUUGGACGGUUGCAGAAUGCAACACUCACUAACGCCACUCUAUCUACGGUAGCGCAGCUAGGUGGAGAGCUAUCUCUGGAGGGCUGUGAAAUUGAGAACUUUGGUCCGACACUGUUCGGACUGUUGAAGCGGACAGACUGUUUGACGCUACGAGGUGGAUUCAUUCCCACCGUAACGUUUCGUUCACAUGCACUCGAUACAUUCGUAAUCGAUGCGACGGGUUUGCAGAUGUUUACCGUAGAGCCUACCGAGGUACCUUACGCUAAGCUGAGAAUUCUUCAAAUUACACGCACGAAGCUGAAACAGCUUACACCUGAUUUGUCACUGUUUGUCGGUCUCAAGCGAUUAGAUCUCUCCCAGAACCAACUAACCUACGUCGAUCUGGACAUGCUGGGAUCUAUGCAACGCCUACGAGAUCUCGACCUGUCCGUUAAUCGGAUUGUCCGAUUGGAUGCUUCGCCCGAGCUGCAACUGCCGGGCCUCCGCAACCUCUGGGUCAGCUACAACCGAUUGCGCUCGUUCGGGGGUUUCCCGGGUGCGUUCCCGUCACUUGACACCGUACGAUUGAUAGGCAAUGUGUGGCACUGUUCAUGGGUGGAUCGAGCGCGGGCCAACAUCAUACGUCACGGGAUCACGGCAUUCGGUGCUGAUUACGAUUGUCCCGGUGAGCGACAGGGUGGACUUUGCUGCUACGAUGACGCGCUUGAUGAGGAAGAAGUGCAGACGACGCCCGGGACGCAAUUGGAUGGGAUGACCACGAUCGACACGCAACCGGCAAACGAUGAUGAUCUCACACUGCGGGAAACGAAUCGAAGCAUGGUACCGAUAGGCGUACGGUACGGUGAUGUGGAGAUCUUUUUGUGAGCGAUCGCGUUGCUAUGGUAAUUGUUGAGUAAAUACAAUGUCAAUAUUGUUGAUCAACGUACGGCAUAGUUCCAAUAUUUGAAGAUUCGCUAUCUACCAUCAUCAGUUAAAUGGAAGGGAUUAUAGGAGAGAUACCGGCACAUUUAGACCAUCACAUUUGCCUCUUAAAGGGUCAUUAGGCUUUUAUGAGAAUAACAAUAAUGAAACAAAUAAGCCCCCCACCCGGACCAAUACGAUCGAGAUAAAGCGUAAUGAAAAAUGGAUUAAUUUCAAUAAAAGGAAACCUCACGAUGGUCGCACAGAGCACAGCGCUACCAAAUCUGAAUGUCUGUUAGUGAAAGAACCAAACCAAUCGCAUGGCAUAAUCAGCUCAAACCGGGCAGGCUGGGUCCACCUAAACCGUAUGCUGCAGCACCAUCUCAUGGGGUGAAGCUAGAAUAAAUAACGCAACAAAUAAAACAGAGCUGAUUGCUCGAUUUCGUCGCUGUGGGUUCACAACGCCACAAUCAAAGCCAGCAUAAGUUUGGCCUGUUUGAGAAUCAAUUGGGAAAUUAUUCGAACGGGGUAAAUAAUAAUGGUGAACCGCCGGGUUUUGUCGCACACGAUUCUCCAGGAGGUCAAAUUUGUCACGGCACAAACCGAUCAGACCCGCAGCAGCAGCAGCAACAUCAUCACCAAAAAAAACGACGGUACAUUAUCGGGUUUGAUUGGGACGCGCGAACCGGCACGGGAAUCACUCACAUUCCUAGGCUCCGAAUUUAAUUAAGCCGUCUUUUAUACAGACGUUCGGCAUUGGGGCACUGUUUGUGCUUGCUAGAAGUGAGGUGCAGAAUUCUUAGUUCUCACAGCAA